AAGACUGGUUCAAAAGAACGACUCAUCUGAAACAAGUUACCUUCAGACUGAAGUUGUUGGCGGGUGUCAUUUUUUGUUUCUAGCUGACCCACCGAGGCAGAGUGGAGGAUUUUCAUGAUGGUGAGAUCCAGAGCUGAAAGCGAAAGCGGGAGAUGAAGCGCCCGGGUGUCGCGCGGCAGCGCUGUAGCAGUUACUGGGGUUAGCCUUCAAACAGACUCAUCAUGGAGAAGAGCGGAUUUAGAGCGAUGCUACUAGCGAUCUCGGAUAAACUCACUGAAGACAAUUUGACAAGUUUAAAGUUUUUGUGCACCGACAUCGGGAAGAAAAGGCUCGAGAAAAUCAAUAAGGGGAUUGAUCUUUUCGAGUGCAUGAUCGAAAAAACUGCAAUUGGGCCUGAUAACACGGCACUUCUGCGAGAACUUCUAAUCCAGAUCGGUCAGAGAGUUCUUCUGGAAAUAAUAGAUGAUUAUGAGAGAGGAGCGACUGGGGGCCCUGCUGGUGUACUGGACGCGAAAGAGCGAGAAAAAAUAAACAUUGCAACUGAAGUAAUUGUUGAACAUUCGGGUAGAAAGUGGCUUCAAUUUGGAAGAAAACUUGGACUUAAUCACACUCAGCUGGAAGGCAUACAGGAGAAGCACAGCCGUGACCUGGAGGAGCAGGUGAGGGAGCUCAUCAGACAGUGGAUGAAGAUGAAGAAAGAAAACACCAGAGUAGAGGAUCUCAUCAAAGCUCUCCGGGACUGCAAACAGAACCUCACCGCUGAUCUUGUGGAGAAAAACCUCAAAGACCUUGAUGCACACUGAAAAAAUAACAACUGUUCUAUUAUAAAACAACAGAACUUUGGGGUUAAUAAUGUGAAUUUCUUUUCGAAGUGCAAAUGAACUGAAU